AUGAGUGGAGUGCCUGCUGCAGGUUGGAAUGUCCAUAACGUGGGAAUAGAAAUGACAACGGGGGGUCCACAUUGCCCCCCUGGUCUAGAAUACCUAACUACGAUUGACCAACUCCUGGUCCAUCAGAAGGUGGAAAUAUUGGAAGCCAUAACCACCUUUGAGACUGCAAACAAGUACAGCAUCAAAAAUAGUAUGGGACAGAAGAUAUAUUCCGCUUCUGAAGACACUGAUUGUUGCACAAGAAACAUUUUGGGCCCGUACAGAUGUUUUGAGCUGCAGGUUCUGGAUCAUCAAGGUCGAGAAGUGAUACAUCUGAGUCGACCUCUCAAUUGCGACUCCUGCUGGUUUCCUUGCUGUCUUCAAAGACUGGAUGUUUAUUCGCCACCUGGCACAUUAAUUGGAGUUGUCAAGCAGGAAUGGAGCAUCUUGUCACCAAAAUUUACCAUUCAAGAUGCAGCUGGCAAUGCUAUAUUACUGAUUGAAGGACCCAUCUGUACAUGGAGCAUUUGUGGUGAUGUGGAAUUUCAAAUUUUGACCCUGAGGGGUGACAAUAUUGGUCGCAUAAGCAAGCAAUGGAGUGGACUACUCAAAGAAGGAUUCACAGAUGCAGACAACUUUGGAGUGACAUUCCCAAUGGAUCUGGAUGUGAAAAUGAAGGCAACUCUACUUGCAGCUACUUUCUUGCUUGAUUUUAUGUUUUUUGAAAAGAAGGGCAGGAAGGAGCGUGAUACACCAGGCAUGUUCUGA